CUUCAAAAGCUCAUUAGUCAUUUUAUAUUUUUCAUUUCGUCGUUGUUUGCAGUAUAUUUCAAAUUUAUAGCAAAAUUGUUAUUAAAAAUGUCGUAUUCAAAAAAAAGUGACCACGAUAUGGACACAACAAUGAAUCAAACUACUACCGCAAAAACGGAAGAAAGAAUAGCCAACAACGUGAUGCCUCUCGUAAUAAAGCAAAUUUUGAACUGCAACGAUGAAAGGUUCCAGCAAUUCGGAUUUCCUGCUCAAAUCAUUAAAUUGGUCGCCAUCAUAAAGCAUUCCGAAGUGCUCAGCACCAGGGUUAAUUACACGAUAGCCGACCACACGGGGGAAAUGAAGGCCGUGCUGUGGCUCUCGAUAGAAAACGGAGAGAUUGAAAACAUGCCGAACGUCGUGGAGGGAAAGUACGCAGAGAUAUUCGGCACUUACAAAUACAAAGACGACGAAAGGGUAGUGAUGAUUUUGAAAAUGACCCCGGUCAAGGAUUGCAACGUGAUUACCAAUCACCUUCUAAGAGCUAUCCAUAACAGAUUUUGGUGCGAAGCUGAGAGUAAUAAUAUGCUUACGGAUAUUAAAAUCAACAAUCCUGGAGCGCAAUUGGUUACUUCAAUGAACCUGGUUGAUGAUAAUAUGGCUACUGGUUCUUCUGUGGAUGGUUUGAGUGAUAUACAGAAGAAAGUCAAGAAGAUCCUUUCGACUGAUACCACAGUGCUCGGCAUGAGUCGGGACGUUUUAUAUACGCAUUUUAAUGCUAAUCAACGUCCACUGAUUAAUAAAGCUUUGGAAUUUUUAUGCAACGAGGGACACAUAUAUACAACACAUGAUGCAGACCAUUUCAGAACUUUAAAUAUAGAAGUGUAAUUUUAUUACUAUUUUUUAUAUGGUAUUUUACGUUUAUUCGUAGAAUCCGAGUUAAAUUUUGUAAAAUAUUUCUUUCAUUUGUUAUGAUAGUUAAGAUAGUAUAGAUAGUUAAGUGCAGUACUCUAAUAAAUAUUAAACGAAUUUUGAUAUUACUAAAACCAGUUAAAAAUAUAUUUUCUUAAAUU